AUGGAAGAGUCUUCAAAGCUUGUUCAGCAGAAGCUUGAUGCGUAUGCUCAGAAACAAGAUGCGACGAAUCGCAAAUUUGACGAUGCUAUUGGUAAAUUGCUGCAGUCAUUUGAUGAAAUCAAGACGCAAUUGAGAGGCAUGAGCUCGUCACAUCGUCACGAUGCUCGAUUCAAUUCAGAUGCAUCUGGAUCUCAAGAACCUAACGAUUCUGGUACUCGUUCUCUCAAAUACACUCCUAAACUCGAUUUUUCUAAAUUUGAUGGCAAUAAUCCAAGAAUUUGGAUCAAGAAGUGUGUGCGUUAUUUUGAGUUGUGUAAAAUACCGAAUGAUCAAAAAGUCGAUAUUGCUUCUCUUCACAUGCUUCAUAAGGCCGAGACAUGGGUGUCUAGUUACUUAGCUAAUAGGAGAUCAGUAGAUUGGGAUGAUUUUAUCAUUGAUCUGAUUGCUAGGUUUAGAGAUGAUGGCCCUGGAAAAAUUGUUGAACAGUUUAACAGAUUGCAACAAACUGGUCCUUUGGAGGAUUAUAUUGAUGAAUUUGAGAAUGCUAGGUCAUUGAUGCUGCAGAACAAUCAUAUAUUUCCUGAUUCAUAUAUGCUGGACAGUUUUAUAGGAGGCCUCAAGGCUAGUGUGAAGCCAUUUUUUAGGGCUUUUAAACCUACAACUAUAGCACAGGAAGUUGAAUAUGCUCGUUUGAAGGAAGAGACUACUACUAAUGGUUUUAAACCCUCUAAAUUUUCCACUACUACACAACCAACCCCUCUCCAGUCUGUUCCUUUGUUGGCCAACAGUUUACCACCUCUUUUGCCAACACCUGCUGCCAAAAACAAUCAACUAGUGCCUUACAAAGCUGCUAAUCCUAGAAAUUCCAGAUUCAUUCCAGCUGAUGUGAGAGCUGAAAAAAUAGCUAAGGGCCUUUGUUAUUAUUGUGACCAGACUUAUGAAAAAGGCCAUAAGUGCAAAUUUAAAGAACCUCAGUUGUUUACAGUAGAGGUUCCAAGUGAUGAUGCUGAUUUGCUUGAAGACUGCAUGAGUCAUACUUUUCAGACAAUGAGACUCAAGGGUGUCACUAAGGGAAAGCCUCUUCAUAUACUGGUAGAUUCUGGCAGUACUCACAACUUUGUAGACUUGGUUUUUGCUCAGAAACUGGGGUGUCACUUGGAGGAGGUUGAGGCCCAAGCAGUUAUAGUAGCAGAUGGGAGUCACAUAGUUUGUAAGCAUAAGUGCCAAAAUUUUCAUUGGCUCAUGAAUGGUAGGGAAUUUGUCACUGAGGUGUUAUUGAUUCCUUUGGGCAGCUGUGAUAUGGUUUUGGGCAUUCAAUGGUUAUCUACCUUGGGAGCAGUCCAGUGGGACUUUAAAAAACUGCAGAUGGAUUUUAUUCUCAAUAAUGAGCUGAUCACUUUGAAAGGAAUUCCACCAAGGAAGCUCAAAGUUAUUGAGGGCCAACCUUCACCUAAGAUGAUGCAAAAUGCAGCCCAUUGCUGCUUGUUACAACUGAAUAAAAUUGAUUCUGUGUUGUCAAUGGAAAACAAGGGUCAACAGCCAGAUUUCCCAGAGUUACAACAAUUAAGACAGGAAUUUGCAUCUGUCUUUGAAGACCCUGUAGGUUUGCCUCCAAGCAGAACCACUUUUGAUCACAAGAUUCCACUAGCACCAGGUGAGGGUCCUGUUAAUAUACGACCCUACAGAUAUCCUUUAAAACAAAGGGAUAUUAUUGAACAAUUAGUACAAGAGAUGCUAGAUAGGGGUAUCAUUCAGAACAGCUCCUCUCCGUUUGCUUCUCCAGUUGUACUAGUAGGGAAGAAGGAUGGUACUUGGCGUUUGUGUAUUGAUUACAGAGAAUUAAAUAGGAAAACUGUUAAAGACAAGUUUCCAAUUCCUGUUAUUGAUGAAUUAAUUGAUGAAUUGGCUAGGGCUAAAAUUUUCAGCAAAUUAGACUUGAGGGCUGGUUAUCAUCAAUUAAGAUUACAUCCUGAUGAUGUCUUUAAGACUGCUUUCAAAACACACACGGGUCAUUAUGAAUUUUUAGUAAUGCCUUUUGGGCUUAACAAUGCUCCUGCUUCUUUUCAGAAUUGGAUGAAUUCAGUUUUCAAGUCACUUUUGAGGAAAUGUGUGGUUGAAUACCUAGGUCAUUUCAUUUCUGGUAAGGGAGUGGAGACAGAUCCUCAGAAAUUGAUUGCAAUUACCAGCUGGCAGGUUGCUAGUUCUGUUAAGGAGUUGAGAGGGUUUCUUGGCUUAGCUGGGUACUACAGGAAAUUUGUAAGGAGCUUUGCUGUCAUUAGUAAGCCUUUGACAGACUUACUCAAGAAGGGAGGGUUUGAAUGGUCUGCAGAAGCUCAAUCUGCAUUUGAUACCCUUAAAAAAGCUCUGACUUCUGCACCUGUAUUAGCUGUGCCUGACUUUAAUGAGCCUUUUGUUGUAGAAACAGAUGCUUCUAAAAAGGGAAUAUGA